GUCAGGAGUAGAUUCGCGUGCAAGAUUGUGGAGAGGAAACAAAGUGCGAGAGAGGUGUCUUUUAAGGACCACCAGGCACCCCGUAGAGCGAGGCUUUCUUUUUUUGUUUGUUGGUUCGUUUCAUAGUUUGACUUGAAUGAUGGAGUCUGGUAUGGAGUCAGAAAAUGUAUUUGACAUCAAAAUAACUAUCAGUCGUGCAACUAACAUGCAUGGAAAAAAGGUUGGAAAUAUUCAAAGUUUUCUUCGGAUGGAGAUCAAUGGUAUGAUGUUGGCAGAGUCUGAAAAGCGUACAGUUGAUCCUGCAGCCCAAUACAUUGAGUAUGACUUCACCCACAGUUUUCCCUGCUGCAAUGCAGUCCUGGCUCUCAGUGACAUACCUCAUAAACCAGUCGUAGUGACGUUGAUAGAGGUUGUUCCUGAGAAGAAAAAAGUGGAGGCAAAGUCAAUAGUCCUGGCCCAGGCAGUGAUUGACCUGCUGCCUUUGCUGCAAGGUCAAUGCAGCUUCUCAUGCACAGUGACACUGCAUGCAACGAACGCUGCCCCAGAGAAGGGAUCCGUCCCACCCCUCAUUGCCAAGCACCCCAUUUUGGACGUAUGUGUCAGUGCGUCAGCUCCAUUACUGACUGAAGAGCAACUUGCAACUUCCAACCUGAUGAAGGUGUCUUUGGAGACAGCCUAUUCGCUCCCUGACACAUUUAAUCAAAGUUUUGGGCCAACCGCCCCUCCGUAUAUAUGCACUGCUAUAAUGGAGGUCCCAUAUACCGCAGAGAAAGACCAGCUCUUGUUGUUUAGUGAAGGACAGCUGAAGGCCGGUGGCCACAGAGAAGACAAUGGCCGACAGAGGAAGAGACCUCAUCAUGCCCCCCUAGCUCCAGGGAACCACUUCUUGCCAGGGGCUUUUUUCCACACCCAACCCAUUGAUCAAGAAGAUGGCGAGCUUACUGGUUUGGAGGACCGUGAGUUCCGUAAUGAAGCAGAGACCUUACUCAACAGAGUGAGCUGGGACACAGAAAUGACCUGUUUUCUGAAUGCCGAAGGAGUUACCAGGCUGCGCCAGAAAAUCACAGAGAGCAGAUUCUGGCCACUUGAGAUCAUGAAGUCAACUAUUGCCAAUGAAAAGUCGGGACCAGCUUCCAAGCAAGCUGAGGAGGACCCACACAUCCCCUGCCAUGGUGUGGCCUUUAUUGAUAUGGGCCGCUUAUUGUAUCCAGGAGUUACCCAUAUCCGAGGAGCAUACAGUAUUCAACCUUACUCGAGCACUUUAUUACUUAACAAGACCAGGCGAAAUGUCAGUUUGUUAAAAGAGCAGUUAAAGCCUGGAGGCAACAAAGAACGUUCUGGUACAGCUACAGCUACAAGCUCUGUAAAGACAAAUACGGGAAAGGCCAAGGACACCAAGGCACAUGUUAAGGCGACUGGCAAUCAGAGUGGAGUGGGAAGCGUGACUGAUUUGAAUGGAGCUGAUCACAUCCCUCCAGACAGGAAAGCAUACAUAGACUUCAGGACAUAUGUUAUGAUUGAAAUUACACUGACGAAUGCACUAAUCCCCAAAACAUCUUCCGAAGAGUUGGCAAGAAGAGUGAGAGCACUGAUCCCUCCGAGACCUCCAUCUUCUGGAGGACCUAACAAAGCUGAACGAGCAGUGCUGAAUUUUCACAAGCAGGUGGGCAAUGUGGUAAAACAUAUUUUGGAGCAGUAUGAGGAGUUGUUUGGAACGCGACUCAAACUGCCCAAUGAUUGCAAUCGAGAGCAAAUGAUGGCUCAGCUCAUGGGAGCUCUUAAUGUGUCCGGGAGAUAUUUUGCCUUCAAAGAGCAAAUAAAGCCCGCUGUGGUGAGGUUCGUGCGUGACAAGAUGCAGCAGACAGACACAUUUACUGAGCAACAGGAUCUGCAUGAAUUCGUCAGCAAGCUCUACGUGGACCUGGUGGAUGAGAUGCAUGUUGCUCUCAACAAAAUUUAUUCAAAUGGAAAUGAGGACGACUCUCCUGAGGAGAUCCAUUUGAGUACCUCUCAUCUGAGUCACUUUGCCCGAGAGGCUCAGCUCAUUGGGGAUUAUCAACAAGCUGUUCGCUACUACCAAGAGCUCGUUGUCAGGCAUCCCCGUGAUCCCUCUUACAAAUUUGAGUGGGGAAACCUCUACAUGCAGACCGGAGAUUACAUGAAGGCGAAGAUGUGUUUCCAUGAUGCUGUUGCUGUCCAGCAGUCCCACCAGCCCAGUCUGAUGAUGUGUGGUGUGCUGGCAGCCUUGUUUAAUGAUUUUGAGCAGGCUGAGACUUUCUUGGAACGAGCAACCAGCAUAGAGCCUCUAAGUUUGAUAGCCUGGACUUUGCUGGGUUUGGUCCAGGACACCCAGAAUAAAUCCAUCCUCGCUGAGAGGGCUUUCCUAGAGGCCAAAAGCCUCCUGAAAGCAAAAGAAGCAAGCAAUCAGACACAAAAGACGGAAGAGUCAGAUGUAGAUGAGGAAAGUGAAAAGCAGAAGGGCCAGGAAGAAGACAAGACUAUUCCACCGACAAGCCACUCUCCUAAUAUGAAGCAUAGUGACACUGAGAAUGGUGACACCGUGCAAAGUGAGCCGAAAGAAAAAGGCAUCUCCAAAUCCAUUUACACCGAGACCCUUGAGUUUCUGUUACACAACUAUGCCCUGGAGAUGGCAGAGCGCGCGCUUUCCAAGGAACUGUCUUCAAAGGGCAAUCACAAUUUUCAUCUGGCUUGUGUCCAAUUGCUCAGAGCUGAGUAUUGCAAUGCCAUUGUCACCCUCAGAGAGGCGCUGCUUGGGGUAGAGCAGGUUGCAGAUAUGUGGGCUCUGGAUGGUCACUGUCACUACCUCUGUGGUUCAUUUGCCGAGGCCCAGGGGAGUUAUGAACGGAGCCUAGACUUCCCAGAGCAGCCAUUAGACACACACCUUGUGCUUCUCCGCCUGGGAUCCAUCUAUCUACAGGAGAGAAAGUUUGAGCAAGCUAAAAUGACUUACCUGCAAGCCUGUGAGAAAUCUCCCUCCUGCCUCACCUGGUUGGGCCUGGGUAUCUCCUGUUACCGGUUGGAUGAACUUUGGAUAGCUGAAGAGGCUUUGACAGAGGCCAACCAUUUGAACAACCAGAAUGCUGAGGUGUGGGCCUACUUGGCGCUGAUUUGCCUCAGGUUUGACAGACAAGAGGAAGCGACACUGUUCUACAAAUACGCUAUCAGGUUCAACUUGGAGAACACGGCACUUCACAAGGAGGUGAAAGAGCUGCAGGAUCAGGCCCAAACUCGUCCUCUGGCGUCAUGCUUUGAACCAGACUCUUAACACAGAGGUUUCAAUCUUGGGAGCAAACACAUAAAAACCCCAGUGUCCAUGAUAUGGUAGUUACAUUUUUUUCAGCGACACUGAACUGUUGCAAAACGAUGUACUGUUUAUCUAAGUGGAAUUAUCAGAUUUUUGUGGUUAAAAUAGACUCUUGUUACUCGAAGAUGUCCUUAGCAUCUGAGAUGGUGAAAAAAAAGGAUGGAAAACGGAAGAAAUGUGACCCCUUAAUUUUUAAUCACCAGCGCCAUAAAACAGAGAUUUCUCCCUCACGUACAACAGGCGAUCCCUGACAGUUUUCUCAGAUCCUCUUAAAUGAUGGAAGGCUUAAACGACUUGGCAUUGAUUAAAGGGUGACAGUUCAUAAAUCUG